AUGGAGGCUGCGCGGUAUGGACCUUGGUCAGAUCUUCCGCCGGAACUCCUGGGCCUUGUCCUCAAGCGCCUCCCUUCGCUAGCUGACCGUGUUCGUCUGAGAGCAGUCUGUCACCCAUGGCGCUCUAAUGGUCUGCUGCAACAGCUUCCCAUCCCAUUCCCGUGGCUCACCCUUCCUGAUGGUACCUUCUUCAGCAUCCCAGGAGGCGAGGUUCACCGCAUGCCUAUACCAGAUGGUGCUAGAUGUUGUGGUGCCAUCGACAACUGGUUAUUCCUCAUGAGCAGUGAUGACACAUGCACGUUGAUGAACCCUUUCUCCAAGACCACGUUCGAGCUUCCUAAUCUGGUCACAGUUUGGCGGCGUGAGGCGCAUUAUGAAUCUGAUCCUAAGCAACUUUUGUACAAGUUGGUCACACCCUCGGCCCUGGACAUAUCACCUGAUUCCCUCAUUGCGGCAUUGACCAAGGAUGGUGGCAAUGGUACACUUUGCAUUAGCCAGCCACCGAUUGCCACUUACAUGGUACAGGGCAAUAGGAAGCCAUUGCAGCACCUAUUUGAUGUUGCCUUCUUUGAUGGAAAGUUGUACGCGGUGUCUGUCUUUGGCAAGCUCUUCAGCCUUAAGUUUCAUAACAACCUUGGUAGUAAGCCGAAGAUCGAAUGCGUAAUUGAGUCUUUGGGUGACUGUCGUGGAGGACCAGAAUGCAUUCCCAGAGAGGAAGUGUGUACAUACAGGUUAUAUCUAGUUGAAUGUGGUGGUAGACUGUUGAUGGUUAGACGAUUUAUUCGUCGCAUAGGCCCUCUCUCUAGGGAUUAUGUGUUUGAAAAUAUGCAGACUGGUGGGUUUGUUGUCCUUGAGGCAGACUUGCACUCCAACCCUUGCCGAUGGAGAAGGAUCAAAGAGUUGGGUGGGCAUGCUCUCUUUAUUGGCCAGCAUGGCUCCAAGUCCAUGCCUGCUAGAGAAUGCAGCGGAUCUGAAGAAGAUUGCAUCUACUUCAUUUGUGACUAUCCCCAUCUGAAGUAUUUUUCGAGUCCAUUUCGUGACUCUGGUGUGUACAACAUGCGAAAUGAGAGGAUCACGCCAUUGAUGUCUCAGACUGCAGCACCUGCACAUGAUGCUGGCCAGUGGCACCCGACAUGGUUUUGA